UGGCGAAGCGCACACCUUUUCGCGGCGCUCGGCGGGGCGCUCGGUGUUGCUUCGAGUCGCGGGCGGCGGCGCGCGGAGAUGCUGCGCGCCGGGCUGGGAAGAAGGAGCCGCCUCUGUGGCGGCGGGCUGUGGAGGAGCCCUCGCCCCGCAGCUGCUAGCGGCAGCGCCUCGCCGCGCUGCCCCGGCGCCCUGAGCGGCGCUUCCGCCUCCCCUAGGAACGGCGGCGGGGCACGGGGCGAAGGCGCUCCCCCGGCAGGUGCUAGUAAUGUAAAGCCAUUGGAUGCUGUGAAAAUUCUUGAUUUAACAAGGGUGCUUGCAGGGCCCUUUGCCACGAUGAUUUUAGGAGAUCUAGGGGCUGAAGUUAUCAAAGUGGAAAGACCAGGAGCUGGUGAUGAUACAAGAGCCUGGGGCCCACCUUUUGCUGGAACAGAAAGUGUUUAUUUUCUCAGUGUCAAUAGAAAUAAAAAGAGUAUAGCUAUCAACAUGAAGGAUUCAAAAGGAGCAAAGCUAAUCAGAGAGCUUGCAGCAGUGUCUGAUGUUUUUGUGGAAAACUACGUCCCUGGGAAACUGGCUGAAAUGGGUCUAGGUUAUGAAGACAUUAAAAAGAUUGCUCCUCACAUAGUGUACUGUUCAAUAACAGGUUAUGGUCAGACUGGUCCAAUGGUUCAGAGAGGUGGAUAUGACUCCAUUGCAGCUGCUGUUUCUGGUCUCAUGCAUAUCACAGGGCAUGAGGAUGGUGAGCCAGUUAGACCAGGAGUAGCCAUGACAGAUCUUGCUACUGGGUUGUAUACAUAUGGAGCAAUUAUGGCUGGUUUACUUCAGAGGCAUAAAACAGGGAAAGGACUGCACAUUGACUGCAAUCUCUUGUCAUCUCAGGUAGCAUGUCUCACUCAUGUAGCAGCUAAUUACCUUAAUUGCAAAAUUGAAGCAAAACGCUGGGGUACUGCUCAUGGGAGUAUUGUUCCAUAUCAGAGAGGGCAACAGAAUACUGUCAAUCAUUCAGAAAUUGCAAACUGCUUAUUCCACACAAGAAUGGCUUUUAAGACCAAGGAUGGCUACAUCGUGGUGGGAGCUGGAAAUGAUCAGCAGUUUGUCACUGUGUGCAAGAUCCUGAAUUUGCCUGAAGUUAGUAAGGAUUCCAGAUACAGAACUAAUACACUCAGAGUCCAGAACAGAAAAGAACUUAUUGACAUAUUGUCAACCCGGUUUUCAGAAAAAGCAACGAUUGAAUGGUUGCAGCUCUUUGAAGGUAGCGGGGUUCCAUACGGCCCAAUCAACAACAUGCAGCAAGUAUUCUCGGAUCCUCAGGUGCUGCACAAUGGACUUGUGAUGGAAAUGAAUCAUCCAACAGCUGGGAAGAUAGCUGUUCCAGUUUUUACAUUCUCAACUCUUGUGACGUUGGGUGGUCCUCAUGGCUCUCCCGUGGCAGUCAGCAUUGGCCAAAUGAGAAAAGGACCAGGUGUCAGAUACAGUGAAUUUGCUGUGUCACAUCCGAAACCACCUCCGCUUGUUGGACAGCAUACAGUGGAGAUACUGAAGGGCAUGCUGGGGUAUGAGGAUGAUGCCAUAGAAGAACUGCUCUGCACUGGUGCUGUGGCUCAGCAUGAGGUCAGAUAAGGAACAUUAGCUACAUUCCUUCACACUGAGUUCACAUUACUUUGUCCUCUCUUUGCUCCCUUCAGCUCCCCUAAUGGGACUCAAAGAGAAGACAUAAUUUAAUUCCUAAUUUUGUUCCAUGUGUGUUUGUAUGAUUUUAACACUGAUGUAUCAAAUAAACAAUUUCAUACUGUC